UGCGCGCGGACCAAUCCGCCGGCGCGAGUGGCCAGGGCGACUUGUGAUCUUCUCGAGUUAAACAAACCGCAGGCCUCGUCGCGCCAAGACGCUAACAUCGCCGCACAGUUCCUAUAGCCGUAGUCAACAACCAUGCUGUGGUUCGAUAGAACCAUUCCCGCCGCAAUAGCGGAGGCCAAGAAGAAGACGCUCAUAUUCGUCGUGUUUAUCUGCGGUGAUGAUGAGGAAUCUGUGGCGAUGAGUGCGAGCUGGGAGGACCCAGAAGUUACUGAGGCAGCUGGCCAGGCAUGCGUGGCCAUAAAGCUGCAAGCUGCCAGUGAACCCUGCAUGCAGUUUUCACAGAUUUACCCUUUAUCAGGCGUACCAUCCAGCUACUUCAUCGGGGAGAGCGGCGUGCCGCUGGAGGUGAUCAGGGGAAGCCUCUCCGCCCAGGAGCUGCUUGCCAAGAUUGCCCAUGUCAAGCAGAUGCACGUAGAGAAGGGUGCUGUUGGGGGUGCGGCCGCUGUGGCUUCCGCCAGUGCACCACAACCCUCCACAUCGACGCACGUGCUGGAUGGCAGCAGCGAUGGAGGCACGCAGGAGCUGAUGGAGGAACAUGGGUUGCCGCUCUCGGAGGAGGAGAAGGCAGCACGAGUGGAGAGGCUCAACCGCAAGCUGGAAGAGAAGCGGCAACAGAAGGCUAAAGAAGAGGAGGAGAGCAACAUCCGGCGGGAAGUCGAGCGCCGCAAGUUGGGCAAGGACAUGACGGAGUUUAAGCAGCGGAAGGAGGAGGAGCAGGCCAAGCGAGUGAUGGAUGAGAGGAACCGCGAGAAGGCGGAGGAGCGCGCUGCCAAGGAUCGGAUCCGCCAGCAGAUAGCUCAGGACCGCGCUGAGAGAGCCGAACGCUACAACAGGGAGAAGGAGGAGGUGGAUGCGGCUCGUGUGGCCGCUCAGCAGGCCAAGGAGGCGGAGAAGCGAGCCAAGGAGGAGCAGACACAGCAGGAUCGCACCGCUAUGGCAAGGAUUCAGUAUCGCCUUCCCGAUGGCUCCUACUUCACAAACCAGUUCGCCUCGGAGACGACACUCGCAGAGGCCAGAACGUUUGCACAGCAGGUGGUGAAAAACGCGUACGGAGACUUUACCCUCGCGACCGCCUUCCCGCGCAGGAACUUCACCGUUGAUGACUAUCCCAGAACCCUGCAGGAGCUGGGCCUCGCACCCAGCGCCGCCAUCAUCGUAUUGCCUGGCAACCGCACAGCAGUGGCAGCACGCUCCCCCGGCGGGACGUCCGCUUUCAGCGUGGACGGACUCUUCGCGCUCAUGGGCACGCUGCUCUUGCCCAUCGUCGCCGUGUGGCGCUUUCUCGGCAACUUCCUGUUCGGCCAGCCGGUGCAGCACCCACCAGCGGGCCACAUCAGCGGUGGCGGUGGCGGUGCGACGGCGGCGGCGGCGGCGACUGCGGGUCCACGAGCAGCACGGGACCCCGGCAGCAGCAGCAGCAGCGCUGGCAGCGGCACCACCGACGUCAGAGGGGAAGGGGCGCCGCGUCGCAGGAAGCCUGCGACAGGAACCGGCGCAACAGGAGGCGGCGGUGGGUUCAAGCGCGACGGCAACGUCUACCAGCUGGGCUCACGGGGCGACAGCGACAACGAUGACGACAACAACACGUGGAACGGGAACUCGACGCAGCAGAUGUGAUGGGGCCCCCCUCGGGGCACGGCCCUCUCGCAAACCGCGCCGCGCCGCUCCCAGCGCGCGCGAGUCGUGGACCCCGAACUUGGCACACAAACACACUCGCCUGACACUUGACUGCACGACACGGAGCGCUGCAGGUAGCCGCCGCUUGGUUAGCAAAUUCCCGACUCGACUGGACCCAUUCAGCAGUGCCGUUAAAAAAAAAUGCGUCAUAUAUCACAAAAUAAGUACAGUGUCCGUGGAUACGCAGCAGUUGAACUCUACGCCUGUAAAUAUAAAAUAAAUGUAUUAAAUUUCCAGCUCCCUGGCUUAAUAUGCAUUCAAAACUCUCCGAGUCAUGCCCGGCUCCAUAGAUCAACGUUGAAUGGUCUCACAAUGUACUGCGUGCCCUCUUGUAAGCGGGGGGUCAUGUGACUCCCACCUUUGUGGAUGGAGCUCAGGAGCGGACUGUGACACCUUCACAAGAAGGUGUUAUGACCGUGCACUACUUGACAGUCGCGUAGCUGAACAUUAACACUCGUGUUGGACGACGUGAUGCAGCUGUCACGUGUAGCUACAAAACAACAAACAUUUAACUGUUUGAGUUCUGUCUUUAAAGAAAGGUACAACCCAAAGAAUUACUGGAUAAUAUUUUGUGCGAUCAGUUUGGCUGUGCAUCUCGGGCUGCGCGACUAUUCUGAAAGUUCAGUGGCAAGAGAAACCACACUAUCUUGGGUGAAAUCGUGACAUUUAAGUGUCAUGCCAUUUUGCCCUAUAGUGAUAUAACGAAAGUGCAACUGACUUACUAUUAUGUGGAAGAGGUUGCGAGUUUGAAUCGUUUGAAUCAAUCAGUUUGAAUGUCAGGCCAUUAUCCCUCGGGGGAUGAGAACUCGGUAGCUAUCCUCUUUCUCCUGCGAUGCUGUGCCAUUUUCCCUGAUUAUUCAUAAUAAUUAAAUCUACUGCAAAUACAAUAACACUAUAUGCAUGUAUGUAGUAUGUCUCGCUGGGUAGUACUGUGGUUCAGAUGGAAGGCUCUAAAUCAGAAAAUUCUGAGCUGAAAGCCACAGCUGCAGUCAUCAACCCAUUAUCCCACCGAGUUUGACCAAUGAUUACCACUUGUGUGAGGUUAGCAACAGUUGCGCAGAUGCAUAAAGCAGCCCCUGCCAGAUAGUGGGAACUUUACACCAUUGAAGGCUGCCAUAGGGAGAUAUAUGUAUGUUGAACUUGUUUCGCACCAUACGUAGCCAACCGUGCUAAUCGGAGGUGCGAGAUGAGAACACGCCCGCUUGAGUUUGAGCACCGAAACGAUUUAACUUGGUUUAUAAGAUACCGUGUUACAAAUCUGACCGCCCUAUGCAGUGAGCCGUGGUGCAUUGUGGGAGCGCUGUGUUGGCCCAUGCAGCUGAAAUCUAAAUCUAGCAUCACACUCCCGUGAUGAGAGUUGGAAUUUGAGAGGGAAAAUCACAAACGUUAUUUGACUUGAAUAGAUUUCAACUGCUGCAUAGAAUCAAUAUUUUGAUAUUUAAGGAAAUUAAACACCCACAUUCUUUUUUGGCUUCCUCUUAGGCAGUGCAAGAAAGGUGCAUUGCACAAGAUUCGGUGAGCCUGUUGUUCAUUAGAUUAGAAGGUAUUUUUUUUCAUAGGGCUUACUAAACCAUUGCUUUCUAUGUUUAAGGCAAACAGGACAUUCAUGUAUCCCUCAAGGUAACAUGAAAAGGCAAUGAUAAAAUAUUAUAAUUACACUCAAUUGCACAAUUGUUAACCUGUCAUAUCAGUGCUUACCUCCUGACGUAGCAGACUUUGUUAUACUAGUGUAUAUUGUUUGGUAUUUAAAUCGCCUACAUUGUGUUUUCAUUCUAAACUUACACCAGCAUUCUGAGUGGUUAAAAAUUAUCGCAUUUAAUUUGAAAUAAAGUCAGCGAAUCGUUCAACUGAGAUCCUUGUAAAUAAAGGCAUGCUGUCUCAACGGGCUCUCACUUGGCUUCAAUAAAAAAAAAUCAAUUUCA